CUGUGAGGAAAUGCGUGAAGAGCGGCAAGACCAGCUGAAAUUUAUCGACAAACAGCUGGAGCUCUUGGCUCAAGACUAUAAACUACGAAUUAAGCAGAUUACAGAGGAGGUGGAGAGACAGGUGUCGAUGGCAAUGGCCGAGGAGAUCAGGCGCCUCUCUGUGUUGGUGGAUGAUUACCAGAUGGAUUUCCACCCUUCUCCAGUAGUCCUCAAAGUUUAUAAGAAUGAACUGCACUGCCACAUAGAGGAAGGACUGGGCCGAAACAUGUCCGACCGCUGCUCCACGGCCAUCACCAGCUCCCUGCAGGCCAUGCAGCAAGACAUGAUAGAUGGCUUGAAACCCCUCCUUCCCACGUCUGUGCGGAGUCAGAUAGACAUGCUAGUUCCGCACCAGUGCUUCUCCCUCAACUACGACCUGAACUGUGACAAGCUGUGUGCUGACUUUCAGGAAGACAUUGAGUUCCAUUUCUCUCUCGAAUGGACCAUGCUGGUGAAUAGGUUCCUGGGCCCCAAGAACAGCCGUCGGGCCUUGAUGGGCUACAAUGACCAGGUUCAGCGUCCCAUCCCUCUGACGCCAGCCAACCCCAGCAUGCCCCCACUGCCACAGGGCUCACUCACCCAAGAGGAGCUCAUGGUUUCCAUGGUUACCGGCCUUGCCUCCCUGACAUCCAGGACCUCCAUGGGCAUUCUCAUUGUUGGAGGAGUGGUGUAGAAGGCGCUGGGCUGGCGGCUCAUUGCCCUCUCUUUGGGGCUCUAUGGCCUCCUCUGUGUCUAUGAGCAUCUGACCUGGACCACCAAGGCCAAAGAGAGGGCUUUCAAGCACCAGUUUGUGGAGCAUGCCAGUGAGAAGCUGCAGCUGGUCAUCAGCUACACUGGCUCCAACUGUAGCCACCAAGUCCAGCAGGAACUGUCUGGGACUUUUGCUCAUCUGUGUCAGCAAGUUGACGUCACCCGGGAGAACCUGGAGCAGGAAAUUGCUGCCAUGAACAAGAAAAUUGAGGUUCUUGACUCACUUCAGAGCAAAGCAAAGCUGCUCAGGUGA